CUAAUAUUUCUAAGUUUAAUUUCUAUGAAUGGCAGAUUAUACUUGACAUAAAAAGUUGACAAUUGACAGUAGCCAAGGCUAAAAAGAGCCAAGAACUAAAUUUCGUCAUGUGUAGGUUCAGUCGUUGGAUAUUAGAGAAGUCACAUUGAUCUUGUCAUUAUCAAAAUGACAACCUUAUAAUUUCUAUUAACCUUGUAACCUUACGUAAGAAACAAAUACAAAAUGGGAAGUCAAGUGUCGGCAGAAGCAUUGAAUGCCAAGUUACCAGAAAUGAAAGGUAACCCUCCACCAGAAUGUCCAAUGCACAAUAAAGACGCCAAAGAAAAAAAUGAACUCAAAACGAAACCCUCUGAAUGUCCGGUGCAACAUGAUAAUAACAUCAAUCCUUAUAAUAUGAUGCCACCAGCAAAUCAACAACCUGCACCCGAUCAACCAUUUCCUCUACCAACCAAUCGUCAAGUUUCAACCAUUCCGCGGGCUAUGCCUGACGGAUCAACAGAAUUUUGGGUGUAUCCUAGUCAGCAAAUGUUCUGGAAUGCUAUGCUGCGUAAGGGCUGGCGUUGGAAGGAUGACGAAAUUAAGGAAAAAGACAUGGAAGAUAUAAUAAAAAUCCAUAAUGCUAACAAUGAACAAGCUUGGCAAGAAGUUUUAAAAUGGGAAGCUUUGCAUGCCAAGGAAUGCGGUCACCCAAGACUUAAAAGCUUUGGUGGUAAAGCCACAGAUUAUAGUCCUAGAGCAAGAUUCCGCUCUUGGUUGGGAUAUGAACUACCAUUUGAUCGUCACGACUGGAUUGUUGAUAGGUGUGGCAAAGACGUGCGUUAUAUCAUUGAUUAUUACGAUGGAGGAGAAGUUGAUAAUAAGUAUCAGUUUGCUUUGCUUGAUGUCAGGCCAGCAGUAGACUCACUUGAAAAUGUUUGGGACAGAAUGAGAGUUAUGUAUAUGAGAUACCGCUAUGAAAUAAUUGGUGACAAGAAACAAAACAAAUUGACUAAUUAAGUGAAUAAUUGUUUUAAAAUAUAUAAAACCUCCGAAAUGUUUUUAAUUUGGGAGUAAUUGACUUUACAGAAAUUUUAUGAGUAAUUAUGUAGUGUGGGGUACUUCUGUCGACUGUAAUAUUGUCACUGAAAUAACUCUUUGUGAUUAUUUUCUCAUGGUAUUUAACUAGUAUCAUUAAUUUUAUUGCUUUGUGAAAGAUUUAGGACACAGCAAUAAAUAGAAGUAAUCAUUUAGAUAACAUAAUUAUAUUAGUAUUGACUACUUUUAGUACUUAAAUUAAUUUGUUUAUUACCUUAUCAUUUGUUAGAAAAUAAACAUUUCAACUGUU